AUGGCGAGACCAAUCUUACAGCAACGCUCUCUCGCCUCCACUGCAACGGCAUUUCUCUAUCUCCGAUCAAUCUCCACAGCCGCCGUUGUUGCGGCCCCAAACCCUACUUCCACCGUGCCUCUUCCAUCACCACCACAAAGCUUCAACCUCAGAACGAGAACUCCACUAGAGAAGCAAUUCGAGACAUGGCUCGAAAAGCUCAAACCCGGAUUCACCCCAUACGACGUGGACGAAGCCUUGCGUGCCCAAUCCGACGCAGACCUAGCUUUCGAUAUCUUCCGGUGGACCGGCCAACAACGUGGCUACAAGCACAAUAGCACCACCUACCUCACCAUGGUUCAAAUCGCGGUCUCCGGUAAGCGUUACUACCACGCCGAAACCCUAGUUGAAGAAAUUGUCGCAGGCGCGUGCUCUGGAAGCGUUCCUCUCUAUAAUUCCGUUAUCAAAUUCUGCUGUGGUCGUAAGUUUUUAUUCAAUCGCGCGUUUGAUGUUUACAAAAAAAUGUUGAAUCACGAAGACACAAAACCGAAUCUAGAAACGUAUAAACUUUUAUUAGAUUCUCUUCUCAGACGAUUCAAUAACGUGAAUGUGUGUCAUGUGUAUUUACGUGGAGUGAAAUCGUUAUCGAAACAAAUGAAAGCUUCAGGGGUGAUUCCUGAUACGUUUGCAAUGAAUAUGAUCAUCAAAGCACACGCCAAAUGUCACGAACUUGAACAAGCAAUUAGGGUUUUUCGUGAGAUGACAUUGUAUGGAAAUCAACCGAAUCUGUAUACAUAUUGUUAUUUGAUCCAUGGAUUAUGCGAAAAGGGGAGAGUGGAUGAGGGUUUAGGGUUUUAUAAAGAGAUGAGAGAAAAGGAGUUGUUGCCAAAAGGGAGCACUUUUAUGAUUCUGAUCUGUAGCCUUGCAAUGGAACAAAGGUUCAAAGAUUCAAUUCGUGUCAUCAAUGAUAUGCUGGAUAAUUCAAUGGCACCUGAUUUGUUGACUUAUAAGACUCUUCUUGAAGGGUUGUGUAGGGAAGUGACAAAAUCUUGA